AUGGCAGGAAAAGAGGAUGGCAUCUCCUUGGCUGGCUCGGUUGUCGGGGACAAGUCCGACACCCUUGGCUCUACUGCCUCGGGCAAGAAGAGAGGUGGAGGACAGAAGAAGCAGAUGCAAGCCAACAAAUCUGCUCUCCGAGCUCCUCGAGCUCUCUGCUGCCUCACCCUCAGUAACCCCAUCCGCAUGGCUGCCUUGGCCCUUGUUGAAUGGAAAUAUCCUUCAAUGAUACCUUUUGAUAUUUUCAUUCUACUUGCUAUCUUUGCUAACUGUGUGGCCCUCGGUGUAUCUAAACCCUUUCCAGAGGAGGACUCCAAUUCCACCAACCACAACCUGGAACAAGUUGAGUACAUCUUCCUAGUUAUCUUUACCAUUGAGACCUUCACUAAGAUCCUGGCUUAUGGCUUGGUUAUGCACCCCAGCGCCUACAUCCGCAGUGGCUGGAAUUUGCUUGAUUUUGUCAUCGUCGUCGUCGGGUUGUUCAGUGUGGUUGCUGAGGGGACGGCUGACCACAAGCCUGGAGAUUCCCAUCAUGCAGCAGGCAAACCAGGAGGACUGGAUGUCAAAGCUCUUAGAGCCUUUAGGGUGCUGCGACCCCUUAGGCUGGUGUCUGGAGUGCCCAGUCUCCAGAUUGUCUUGAACUCCAUCAUGAAAGCCAUGGUUCCCCUGCUGCACAUUGGUCUGCUGGUCAUGUUUGUCAUCAUCAUCUAUGCCAUCAUCGGCCUGGAGCUCUUCCUCGGCAGGAUGCACAAAACCUGUUUCUACGUGGGCACAGAACUGAAUGUGGAUGAUGACCCCACACCGUGUGCAUUUGCUGGAAAUGGGAGGGAAUGUGUGGGCAACGGGACAGAGUGCAGGGGACCGUGGGAGGGGCCUAACGGUGGGAUCACCAACUUCGACAACAUAUUUUUUGCCAUGUUGACUGUGUUCCAGUGUAUCACCAUGGAGGGCUGGACCGAUGUGCUCUACUGGAUGAAUGAUGCAAUUGGCUUUGAGAUGCCCUGGGUCUACUUUGUCUCUCUGGUCAUCUUUGGCUCGUUUUUCGUACUCAACCUUGUAUUGGGAGUGUUGAGCGGAGAGUUCUCCAAGGAAAGAGAGAAGGCUGUGGCUCGUGGAGAGCUGCAGGACGCCCAGAAUAAGAAGCAGAUGGAGGAGGAUAUGUGUGGUUACAUGGACUGGCUCAUCGAGGCCGAGGAUGUGGAUGAGGAAGGAAACAAACGUGCUGCUGUUGCCAAGAAGAAAAUGAUGAAGAAGUUUGGCUGGUAUAAACACAGCGAGGACGGAGAAUCGGAUUCAGACUCUGAAUUUGGAGCAUAUUUAGAUGACGACAAUGGCUGCUGCGCAUCUCUAAUGGCUAAAAUGAUGGCCAACAGUUUCUGUGACCAGCUAUGCCAACUGAACCAUGCCUUUCGGAAGAACUGUCGUGUAGCAGUCAAAUCCCAGAACUUCUAUUGGCUGGUGCUUCUUCUGGUGUUUCUCAACACUGCAGCCAGCGCCUCUGAACACUACGGCCAGCCCAAGUGGCUCACCGAGAUGCAGGAGCGGGCCAAUAAGAUCCUCUUGAUGUUGUUCACGCUGGAGAUGCUGUUGAAGAUGUACAGUUUCGGUUUCCAGAUCCACUUCUUGGCUCUGUUUAACCGCUUCGACUGCUUUGUGGUGUGUGGUGGCAUCCUGGAGACGGUCCUGGUUGAGUUGCAGAUCAUCCCUCCCAUCGGCAUCUCUGUGCUGCGCUGUGUCCGCCUGCUCAGGGUGUUCAAAGUGACACGGCACUGGGCAGCCCUGUCAAACCUGGUCAAUUCACUGCUCAACUCCAUGAAGGCUAUCUGCUCUCUACUGCUCCUGCUCUUCCUCUUUCUAAUCAUCUUCUCCCUGCUGGGUAUGCAGCUGUUUGGGGGCAAAUUCAACUUUGAUGAGACUCAGAUGAAGAGGAGCACGUUUGACACUUUCCCCCAGGCCCUGCUCACCUGCUUCCAGAUCCUGACAGGAGAGGACUGGAAUGCAGUGAUGUAUGAUGGGAUCAUGGCUUAUGGCGGGCCAGUCUUCCCACAGAUGAUCGUGUGCAUCUACUUUGUCUCCCUCUUUGUUGUCGGUAACUAUAUCCUGCUCAAUGUCUUCUUGGCUAUCGCUGUGGACAAUUUGGCAGGAGAUGGUGGAAAAAAGAAAGUAGAAGAGAAAAAGGAGGAGGAAGAGGACUGGGACGAUGAUGAAGACAAAGAGGAAGAUGCAGCGAAUGAGAUGGAUGACUGGGAGGAGAAUGAGGAGUUGAGAGCCAUUGAGGGUCUGGAGGGAAUUAUGCCUGUGAAGCCUGAAUUUUCCGCUCCAAAAGAGAAGAUUGAACCCAUUCCAGAUGGGAGCUCCUUCUUCAUUCUUGGAAAGAGAAACUGCCUCCGAGUGGCCUGUCACAACCUCAUCCACCACUCCUACUUCACCAACCUCAUCCUUGUCUUCAUCAUCGCCAGUAGCAUUUCUCUGGCUGCUGAGGAUCCAAUCAGAGCUCACUCCUUUAGGAACAACAUGCUUGGCUAUGCUGACUAUGCAUUCACCUCCAUAUUCACUGUGGAAAUUAUAUUGAAGGUGACAGUUUUCGGUGCGUUCCUUCAUCCUGGAUCGUUCUGUAGGAAUGCCUUUAAUCUUCUGGACCUACUGGUUGUCAGUGUGUCGCUCGCGUCCUUCUUCCUCCAUUCCAGCGCUAUCUCUGUGGUCAAGAUUUUCAGGGUACUCAAAGUGCUCAGGCCUCUUCGAGCAAUCAACAGAGCCAAAGGACUCAAGAAUGUAGUGCAGUGCGUGUUUGUGGCAAUCAAAACAAUCGGAAACAUCUUGAUCGUCACAACGCUCCUCCAAUUCAUGUUUGCCUGUAUUGGAGUGCAGCUCUUCAAGGGAAGAUUCUACAGUUGCACUGAUGAAGCUAAACACACUCCAUAUGAGUGCAUGGGGACGUUUGUGGUGUAUAAGGACGGUGAUAUGAAUCACCCUAUGGUGAGAGAGAGGAAAUGGCAAAACAGUGAAUUCAACUUUGACAAUGUGCUGCAGGGCAUGCUGGCCCUGUUCACUGUGUCUACAUUUGAAGGCUGGCCGCAGCUGCUAUACAAGGCCAUCGACGCCAAUGCAGCGAACCAUGGCCCUAUUUACAACUACCGUGUGGAAAUCUCCAUAUUCUUCAUCAUCUACAUCAUCAUCAUCGCCUUCUUCAUGAUGAACAUCUUCGUGGGCUUCGUCAUCAUCACGUUCCGUGAACAGGGAGAAUCUGAGUUCAAAAACUGUGAACUGAACAAAAAUCAAAGACAAUGUGUACAGUACGCUCUGAAAGCCAAGCCCAUCAAGAUCUACAUUCCCAGAAACCCAUCCCAGCUAAAGUUCUGGAAAAUCAUCGCCUCCAGCCAGUUUGAGUACAUCAUGUUUGUCUUAAUUCUUCUCAACACCCUCACCUUGGCUGUGCAGCAUUAUGAGCAGUCUAAAACAUUCAACUCUGUGAUGGACAUCCUCAACUUGAUCUUCACAGCCCUAUUUACCAUAGAGAUGGUCAUCAAGCUACUGGCUCUCAGAACACAUCAAUAUUUCAUUGAUGCUUGGAACACCUUUGAUGCUCUGAUAGUUGUGGGCAGUGUGCUAGACAUCAUGGUCUCAGAGCUUAGUGGUGGAGAUGAGGAUGGAGAAGCCAUUGAGGCCGCAGCCAAAGCCGCAGCUGUAGCUGUACCUGGAGCACCACCCGGGGCCAAGAAGGAAAGCGGAAAAGUAUCCAUCACAUUCUUCCGUUUGUUCAGAGUCUUGCGAUUGGUCAAGCUGCUCAGCAAAGGGGAGGGCAUUCGAACCCUCCUCUGGACUUUUGUCAAGUCCCUCCAGGCCUUGCCAUAUGUCGGUCUCCUUAUUGCUAUGAUCUUCUUCAUCUACGCUGUUAUCGGCAUGCAGACAUUUGGAAAGAUUGCUAUAGAUGACAACUCACAUAUCAACAGGAACAACAACUUUCAGACCUUCUUCAUGUCUGUCCUACUGCUCUUCAGGUGUGCAACCGGAGAGCAGUGGCAGGAGAUCAUGUUGGCAGCAUUGCCAGGGAGACGCUGUGACCCCGAGUCAGACUUUGAGCCCGGGGAGGAGAGCAUGUGCGGCAGCAACCUGGCCUACAUCUACUUCAUCAGCUUCUUCAUGCUCUGCGCUUUCCUGAUCAUUAACUUGUUCAUUGCUGUCAUCAUGGACAACUUUGAGUACCUGACCAGGGAUUGGACCGUACUGGGUACUCAUCACCUGGACGAGUUCAAACGAGUCUGGUCGGAUUAUGACCCAGAGGCCACGGGUCGAAUCAAACAUAUCGAUGUGGUCACUAUGCUGCGCAGGAUCCAGCCACCCCUUGGUUUUGGCAAACUGUGCCCCCAUCGUGUGGCCUGCAAGAGGCUGGUUGCUAUGAAUGUGCCACUGCACAGCGAUGGGACAGUCACCUUCAACGCUACCCUGUUUGCGCUGGUCAGAACCUCACUCAAGAUCAAGACUGACGGGCCUGUUGACCAGGACAACGAGGAGCUCAGGGCCAUCAUUAAGAAGAUAUGGAAGCGCACUAAACCCAAGCUCCUUGAAGAGGUCAUUCCACCCCCUAGAGGGGAAGAGGUCACUUGUGGGAAGUUCUAUGCCAGCUUCUUGAUCCAGGACUACUUUAAGAAGUUCCGCAAGAGGAAGGAGCGGGAGAGGAAGAAGAAGGGAAAGGACAAGAAAGACUCUCUCCAGGCAGGGCUACGGUCACUGCAGGCACUUGCACCAGAGUUGCAUCUGGCCUUGGCAAUGGAGGGAGAGGAGGAGGAGGGUAUGGAGGGAGAGUUGGACGAAGAGUUUUUCAAAAAUGAAAAUGUUUUUGAAGAUCCAGGCACCUCUGCCACCAAUACUUCAUCCACCACUCCCAUACCAGGUGACAUGGAGGAGUCCACCACCAUCGUUUUCAUGGAGCCCUUCGUCGAGCCCACUAUAUUCAGUGACGUGGUCACAGAACAGCCAUUAACAGCCAGUGAGAGAUCAGAAUCAGCUCUGUCAUCCUUUGAUGUGGUGGUUGAACAGCCAACCAGAUUUGAGGCCCUCCCCCCUCCCCAACCAGCACCAGCCCCACCCCCACCACAGGCCCCAUCCCCUCCCCAACCAGCACCAGCCCCACCCCCACCACAGAUUGCUUCUCCGCCACAAAUGGUUGCCCAAUCCCAACCUCAAAUAGUGAUAGCCCCACCAGAACCAGAGGCAGCUCAAAUAGUGUUAGAGGCAGCCGCUGCCCCACCUCAACCAGAGCUAGUGAUGGAGGGAAGAGGAGGUGAAACUUAUGCUGCAGAGCAGGUGUACUACCAACAGUACCCAGUGGGCAUGCUAACAAACGACAGGUAUGCAUAUCAAGAGCAAACUGCAGCAUCCCAUAUCCCACCAGAGUACAUGCAGAGUCAUGCUCCUAACUUCAUCAAUGGGAGUGUUGCAGGAGUACCCUACGGAAAUGGAAAUGGCAUGAAUGGGAAUGGCUAUAAUGGCGCUAUGAAUGGUAUGAAUGGAGGUAGCAUGAGUGGCUACACCGGUAAUGGUUACAUAGGAAAUGGCUACAAUGGAAACGGCUACAAUGGCAACGGAUUGGAGCCGUAUGUCCGGAGACGUGUUCUUCCUCCCACUCCUGCAGGUCGUAAGCCGCCCUCCUUUAACAUCCAGUGUCUGCGGGCACAGCAUAGCGCGGGUGACAUCCCCAUCCCUGGCACAUAUGAGAGUAACUCACCCCCAUGCAGAUCCAGACUGACCCUUGACUCCCGCCGCAGCAGUGUCUCAUCCAUAUCCUCGGCCUCCUGGGCCAACAAUGGAGGAGGACCUGCAGGGUCAAUGCCAGGAGCAGGGGUGUCAGCAACAUCAGCAGCAGCCGCAAAGAGAGGACGUCUGCUCUACGCCCCUCUGAUGCUGGUGGAUGAGGCCGGGGGCACCCAGCAGCUGUGGGGAGACAGGACCCAGGCCACCUCCAGCCUCCCUGCUAUUGCAACUAGGCCCAGUGGCUGGUACCCUGGAGCCCCAACACUCCCCAUGCACACGCCACAGAACAGGAGCUACACCAACGGCAGAGUGCCCUCCCAGAUCAGCCAAAGACUCAUAGAGAAAGGCAGUGCAAACAGCCUGGUGGAGUCGAUCCUGAUAUCAGAAGGAUUGGGCCUCUAUGCAAGAGACCCAAAGUUUGUGAACUUCGCCAAGCGGGAGAUCGCUGACGCAUGUAACAUGACCAUUGAUGAGAUGGAAAACGCAGCCACAGAUCUGCUGACCCGUUCUACUGGACAGCCAAUAGGACGCUUCGAGGAGGAGCUGGCAGAUGAGAUGAACUGUGUGAUUUCCUACUGAGAGAGAGGAAACAGAGAGGGAGGGAGAGUUGGAGGGCAAUGAGAUAGAGCCUUACCUCUCCAUCAACAUGGGGGGGGUAAGA